UUCAAUCAAUCCCCGUCAUUUAAGAUACUGAAGCAGCAAUUAACAACAAAGAUCAACAUCCUAAUGACGACGACUCCAUCACCCGUCGUCCUCAUCGCGACGCUGCUGCUGCUCAUCUUUAGCGACGGAAUUUCCGUCGUCGUCAUCGUCAACAGCGCUUACAACACAAACAGGAUCGCCGGCGGCUGCGACGGGCUGCUUAACUACUUGAGCAACAACGAAGCCGUGCGAAACCUAGCACUGAAGUCCAUGGACGCCGCAAUCGAUUUUGCGGCCAGCAAGAGACCCAAUACCUGCGCACAUGCUGAAAAUCGCGGUAUUUGGAUCGCCGCCGCCGCUAAUUGCUCCCAUCGGAUAACUAACGACGACGACUGCAAACUCUGUCUCUACAACGCGCAGUACCGGGUCGUCGACCAGUGCCCGUAUAUGAAGGGAGGUUGGCUCGAACUUGCUGAUUGUUGCGUCAGUUAUAGCACCAAUCCGUCAUUUUGUUAAACCAAUUGAGGGUUUUAAUUUGCUGGUUGUGAUGAUGAUCAGCGUCGAUUGUUUUGUGAUGUAUCGCAAAAAAUUCAGUGGCGGACCCAUGAAUUUUUCCUCGACCGAAUAUGGAUAUUAUUUGUGGUAUAAGAAGUUUUCACAUGGUGUUAAUUGGUAGUACCUAUGGUUUGAAAUUUGAAGCAAAUAGUAUCAAGCAUGGAUAUUAUUUGUGGAAUGAUCACAAAUGAAACAUUUUUUCUAUG